UUCUAGUGGUGUGUGUGUGUGUGUGUGUGUGUGUGUGUGUGUGUCAAACUGUCAUAAGGAAUGAUGUCAUUGAGCAACUGGGUGUGACGAUGCGAUGCAGGAAAUGAGAGGCUUAAUGUCCUGCAGGUCCUUCUGGAGCAGAACUACCACGGAGGCCAUCUUUAGUCCUUCGCCUGCCUGUCAGUCUGCAGUCAGAGUUGUCGCAGUAAUACCGUCAUAGAUCUGGUCACACAUCCUUUCAAUUUGUCCUGUGACCAAUACUUUUAAAAACGGAUACACACUAAAGCAUCUCCCAAAGAAAUGUGGCCCUUUCCCGCUAUGAACCACACAAAAGAAUUGCGCAACUCAGACUCCAGAGAAUCCCUCAAUUCUAGUAUUGUCCACUCGGACGUACAAUCCAUUCACUCAAACCAAUAUGGGAACAAUCAUACGAUCAAGCAUUUUAACACGAGCGUCACAAAUACUCACGCAGACCAAUGAUGAUGGUUAAUCAGCCCCAGCUGAGGUUAAUCCGUCUGUGUGGGAAUCCCUCAAUUCUAGUAUUGUCCACUAGGACGUACAAUCCAUUCACUCAAACGAACAUGGGAACCAUCAUACGAUCAAGCAUUUUAACACGAGCGUUACAAAUACUCACGCAGACCAAUGAUGAUGGUUAAUCAGCCCCAGCUGAGGUUAAUCUGUCUGUGUGUGCGUAUCUCUUCCCAAUAAAGAGCAGUAGGAACCAAGACGCUGCCGGAGGAGCGGGAGGUGGAAGGUCUCAUUCAGUCGCCAGAACAUUACAUGUCAAAUAAAAGGUUUUGUUAGCCACAACAAUCCGUGUUGCUGCUUCUGCUCAGUCCGAGACUCACGGGAUAACCGAGAAAGCCGUCACGGUCCUAUUAUCCAGCUUAAAUUAACCCGAUGAUUGAAAUCAGGCUAUCUCGGUUUCUCAAAGGCUGAUCCGCCCUCAAACUAUCUUGUUAAUUCCAACCAGACGUCAGACCUCAAAAGGGGAAAGCGUCGAUCACCGAAAACAUGAUUUACUAACAAGACAAAGACAAAUAAACUGAGAGGAAAAGCCUCUUUUUUUCUCCGCUGACGAACAGGAGAUGAUCAUGAACGCAUAUGAGGAAUUCCAGACCAUAAUCAUGGAGCUUCUAACACCGCUGUGAGGGCUAGACAAGAAGCACGGCGACAUAUCAGACGAGUUAAAUAGGUAAUGCUGCGUUCACACCAAUAUGCACAAAGUAUAAAUCGGCCUAACUGUGUCGUUAUUCGUAUAAGUAGAAGUUUAACCCCAUUAAGUCAACCAGGGACGAGCGAGUAAAAAGCCUCUUUUCUAACUCUGAUGAACUCAUCUCUCCUGUUACACCAGUGAACCCGUCAGUUCUUUUGUUCUUUAAACCCAAACUACAAUCUUUGCCUUCCUGUGAAGACGGAAGUUUAUUUUUUAGAGGCCGUCAGCAUGUAAUGAGCGGAUUGGAGGCUCGUUGGAGAUGAACUGCUUCUCACCUGGAAAGCAGACGAGAGCAGCGGCAUCAUCAGGGGCCGUCGACAAAGGACUGCGGUUACUUCGGAGAGUUUUCAGCGGCCUUCAAAGAACACACAGGAAGUCACAGAGACAACGACUUCCUGCUCGAUCCGAUCCGUGGGCUACUCUACGAGAGAGGAGAGGAGCGAUGGCUGAGCUCAGAUGGAUUAAAGCCUCUUGGUUUCUGGUUCUGGUGCUUCAGUUUACAGCAGCAGCAACAGGACAAGAUUACGACUCCUUCACUGUCAGAGAUGGAGAUGAAGUCUCUUUGCCUUGUUUCAAUGUGAUGGAUGAUCAGAAGAACUGUGACUCUACUGUUUGGAUCUUUGAUGAUUUCAAGAGAACAGUAGCAGUGUAUCCGGUUAAAGAUGGGCAGAUUGUUGCUGAAGCCAAAGAUAAAUCAGACAGACUGAGUGUUUCAGAGAAUUGUUCUCUGGUUAUAAAGAAGGUCACCGAUGAAGAUGUUGGUCAGUAUGCGUGCAUACAGUACAGAUCAGGACAACAACAAGUUCAAGAUGCUAAGGUUAUUCUGUCUGUUGUGACCAUUCCUCUUCUUUCUCUCACAACGUCUCCAUCUUCCCCAGUGACUGAACACAAGGACUCUGAGGAGGUGAUCUGCUCCUUGUCCACAUAUAGAACUUGUACACACAAAGUGAAGUGGAUGAUUGAGGAAGAAGAGGUGGAGGAAGACCACCAAGACGUGAUGACAUCACAGUCUUCCUGCUCCGCCUCUCUGAAGGUGAAGUCUGGUUCCUUUAACACAUUGAGGUUUAAUUCAUGGAUGUGUGAAGUGACCGUUGGCGACCAAGUGCAGAAGUUUAUGUUCAGAAAUCCUCCUUCAGGUGAUAAAACAGGUGAAAACACAACAACAACAACAACAACUGAAGAUGACACUAUUUCAGGCUGGUGGAGGGUCAUCUUGGUGCCGGUUGGGUUAGCAGCUCUCAUCAUAAUAGUUGUGGCCGUCAACAUCUGGGCAAGAAUGAAAGGUGAAGAACAUCCACAUAUUAAAGCUCAUGAAAGAGGAUUUUACUGGAACUAAAGUCGACUCUUUCUUUUGUCUCUUCAGAGAAGAAACCUCCGGAAUGAAAUUGAAAACUCCAAAGAAUUUUUUGUGUGUACAUUUCUGAGAAUAUCUUUCAGAUGGAAAUCCUGCUUGUUGAGAAAAGAGUUUAAUGAUCUGUUCCUGCAUGAGUUGUGAACAUGUUUCUCACCUGUUCACGACACAGCAGCUGAUCUUAACUUCAUUUAACAGGAAGGAACAUUUAACUCUGAACUUCCUUUUUUUGUCUUCCAGCUGAACAUUUCACAGCUGAUCUUAACAUUUACUGUUUUAUAGGAUAACUCCUUUUAAUCCACUUUCAUUCAGCAUUCACAUGUCUGUGAGGGUGUGCCUGUGUUCCAAUGGCUGUUCAGCCUCAAUGGAGUCAGCACCUCUUCUCUUAAUGUAAUAUCUGAUAACUAUAAGAUCUGCAAAUAAAGAGAGUUGUUUUCUA